ACCAGAUAUACACAGCAAAAAAAGGGGGCGCACAAUUGCAUCAUGGCCGACGCUGAUGAGAAGGCCAAGGCCGAAAAGCUUGCAGCUGCCAGGAAGAGGGUAGCGCAACUACAAAAGAAAAAGGGAAAGAAAUCAGGGAAAAAAGAGAAACCCGCCGGUGGACCGAGCAAAGAGCCCGAACUUGCUGAACCAGCCCCCGUCCCGGAUGAAGCCGAUGCACCUCCAGAAGCACCAGAACAGGAACCCGAACCAGUAACAAAAGAUGACGAGCCCGAAAAAGCGCAGGAGAGGUCGACCGAGUCUUUCCCAGAUGCCCCCAACGAGACUCCAGAAGCGAAUGCUUCUGAAAAAGCCGAAGGCGGGCAAGACGACAUUGUUCCCUCCCUAGAAUCCCGCCAUCGUCGCCAACCGUCGUUAUCCAUCCAGUCCAAGAUGCGCUCCUCGUCUUUUCGAAAUUCGUCGAUUUCUCAGACUGGCCUGACUCCUACAGGCUCCGGGGUGAAAUCUCCACCUCUGCCGCCACUGAGUCCGGAUGGAAACACUGCGCCUGAGCUGUUUAGAAAGCAAGCGCUGAGGCUAGAAGAGCUAGAAAGGGAAAACAAACGGCUGGAGCAGGAACUAGAGACGGCAGAUGCCAGAUGGAAGAAGUCAGAGGAGCAGUUGGAAGAUUUGCGCGAAGCGAAUACGGAGACAGUGGAAUUAAAGGAGAGACUUGUCACAGCAGAGAAGAAAGCAGAAUAUGUUGAAAAAUUGAAAGCGGAGAUUACAGCCCUACAACGCCAGAAUUCCCAUCUUCAAACAAAGUCGCACCGGUCUUCAAACAGUGUCACUGUAUCUGGGAAACCCGAAUCGCCACCAUCUGAACUCCAGAGCCAACUAGAAUCUAAGUCCGCGACAAUUGAAGCCAUGGAACUAGAGAUAUCGAAUCUACGCGUCCAACUCGCCUCACAAACAGAAAAGGCAUCUACAAUAGAAACCCAGCUAUCGUCCUUGAAAGAUGAAUUGUCUUCCGUUCGAGCUGCUUUAGACAAGGAAGAAAAGGAACAUGCAAAUACGAAGAGUAGAAUGGACCGGAUGAUUGAGAAAUCCGUCAGCGAGGGUGUGACUCAAGCUUCCACCCAAACACUAAUCAGCAAUCUGAAGGAUGAGCUUGAACAGGUGAAUAGCGCAAAGGCAGAGGCGGAAAACAGAACAGCCACAAUGGAGAAGAAGCUUGAGGCUCUCGGCAACCUUCACAAAGAAUCUGAAAUUAGACACCAAGCGCGGCUUAGAGAGCGUGACAAGUUCGAGAAGGAUGUGCUUACGUUGCGUAGAAAGCUUGUCACAAUCGAAAACGAGAAUUCGCGGCUCAAGGAGGAGCGUGAAAGAACUCGAAAACGCGAGGUGGUAAGCACGGGGGACGAUGAGGCAUUAGACGACCUCGAAAACGAAGAACAAGCCCGUCUAGAGCGAACAAUUCGUGAACUUGAAGGGGAGAUCUUCGACCUUCGGCGUGGUAUUUGGAAGGAGAGAAAACGGGAGCUUACCGCUGACCACGGCAGCGAUGUCGAUGUUGCUGAAACCCUCUCUAACCCUGGGGGUACCUUUGACGAUGUGGAUCUUAUUGGUGGCCCCAGCGGGCCUGAGCACUCCCGCCGUCGCAGCACAGCGGCGAAUAAACCACGCCAGCAUUCAUCUUUCGCAACGGUGCUGUCUAGCGGUAUCGCUGCAUUUACGGGCACCGCCCACCCCCACAGACCCGGCUCGAGUGGCCUACGCAGAAGUCUUGAACUCCUUUCGGAAAAAGAUCGCGAAGAGUUCUUAGAGGAUGAUGGCAUGUUUGACGAGGAUGCAUUUGCUAGAGCGCAGGAAGAAGAGGAGACCAAAAAACGGGCUGAAUGGGAACGUGAGGUGAAGAAUAAGCUGAAGGGUUGGAAGGGAUGGAGAUUAGAUUUGGUUGAUUGUCGGUAUGGCGCUCAGGGUGCUGGUGUAGGACUGGGCGAGAUAUUUGAGGUCUAAGUUGGAGUGCAAUGGUAGCUGAACUUUCGGAUGUAUUUUAUUGUAACUAUGCCAGAAGCUCUUGCAAAAACAUCGGCAGUACUACGCCGUGAUCUGGAGCUGAGACGCUCUCUCCUAGUGCCC